AACAACACCCUGCGGGUUCUUCUACGGUGGUAGUUCUAGAACAAACUAAGCGACGACUGACGUGGUGGAUUGUGGAAACGCAAAGAGCAAUUGUUCCGAGAAUGAGCAAUUAAUGAAUGAAUGAUCAAUGUCUCAUCAGGAGCAAGCCUUUGUGUCUCUUCUCUCUCAGCUCGCCCUUUCUUUCGACGGUGCCGUUUUGGGCUUGGCCUUGGCCUACGCCGCCGUCCGCACCCUCUUCAAAUUCACCGCCACCUCUGCCGCCCUCCGCAAGCUCCACCGCGCCCCUUCUGUCUCCGUCUCCGACCUCCGAUCCCUCCUCGCCGAGAUACCCUCCGACGCCGACGGAAACUCCGACGGUGGCAACAUCGUAAUUGUCCGCGGCACUGUCGAUGCCAAGUCCGCCGUCGAAGGCGGCACCUGGAAAACCCUGAGACCUGGUGUCUUGGUUUCUCGCGAGUCCGGCGAUAAAAGUGUUAUUCUUCAAAGAACUCAAACGUGUAUAUACAAUGAAUGGAAAGGCUUAUUUGGAUGGACUUCUGAUCUUCGAGCCAUAUUUGCAAGAUCAUGGAGACAGCAAGAGUCUACAUCUUUAAGGAAGGUGCCUUUUGUUCUAAUUGAUGUUGGACGGUGGCCAAAUGCUGAGUAUGUUGUUGUAAACAUGGAUGGCUCAAGACAUCCGUUACCUUUGUCAACAGUUUAUCAUAAAUUGCAACCAAUAACUGCUUCUCCUUAUACUUUCUUGCAAGCACUUUUUGGGCAUGAAUAUCCGGUUGGACUACUAGAUGAAGAGAAAAUUCUUCCAUUGGGAAAGAAUAUCACUGCUGUUGGCCUUUGCAGUUUAAAAAAUGGAAUUGCUGAAAUUAAGUCGUGCAAGGAUCUACCAUAUUUUCUAUUUCUAUACUGUUGUAGGUCUGACUUGAGUAAAGAUCAGAUGAUAGUAGAUCUUUCCAGCAAAACAAAAAUACUGUUUUGGGGUGGUAUUGCUCUUGGUUCAAUGUCAGUUGGGGUCCUUGGCUAUGCAGUUGUGAGGAACUGGAAUAAGUGGAAACAGUGGAAGCAACAGAGGCAGCUCCAGCAACAAAGGCAAGCGGUGAGUGAUGUUGAACCUCAGAUGGAUGAUGAGAUUGAAGAUGUUCCAGAUGGACAAUUAUGUGUUAUAUGUCUGAUGAGGAGAAGACGUUCUGUUUUCAUUCCCUGUGGGCAUCUUGUGUGUUGCCAAGGGUGUGCCAUAUCAGUUGAACGCGAAGUGGCACCCAAAUGUCCUGUUUGUCGUCAGGAGAUUCGAGAUUCAGUGCGGAUUUAUGAAUCUUGAACAGACACAGGCUGAUUCUUAUGUUCUCUCUGUGGCAGGAAACUUUUUUGCUUGCUAACGAGAAGAAUGUUUGCUUUUUAUUUCGAUAAGAUAUAGAAUCUGGAGUUGUAGGGAAAACCCUCCUUUGCUCUUAUUUCCUGUGAAACAUUUAUCAGGGGUAGAUAAUAGGUUGGUCGAGGUUAAUUUUAUAGGAUUUUCUAAUUAUCCCAGUUGCAGUGUACAUAAAUAUUUAAUUUUGCCUAACUCCUUUAGAAUGAACUCUGAUAUGUUAUUGUGCAUGUGAUGCUGCUUGUUGGCUAUAAAUCUUUGUUUGAGCAGGAUUGUGUGAAUGUGAUUGUAAACUCCUAUA